AUGCUACCCCCAGAGAAUACCCCGACCAAUGUGGUCUAUCCAACAGGCAAAAGAUUUGUUCUACUGAUGAUUGCCCUUUACAUCAGCAUGUUCCUCGUGGCAUUGGACAAACUCAUCAUAUCAACUGCUAUUCCCGCUAUUACAAAUGACUUUCACGCCGCUGACGAUAUUGGCUGGUACGGCACAGCCUAUCUACUCACCAACUGCGCCUUCUUGCUAGUGUUCGGCAAGCUGUAUACUAUCCUGGAUAUGAAGAUGACAUUCAUAACUGCUGUCAUUCUCUUUGAAGUGGGAUCAGCUAUCUGUGGCGCCGCCCCUAACUCGAUCACGUUCAUUGUCGGCCGGGCCAUUGCGGGCUUGGGAGGUGGAGGUACUCAGUCUGGUAUUCUCGUCAUCAUUGUCUAUGCCGUCCCGCUUGCCAAAAGGCCCCGCUACCAAGGCCUUUUUGGUGCUGUCUUUGGUAUCGCUUCGGCCAUUGGCCCCGUCAUUGGCGGUGCCUUCACUAGUCAUGUUUCUUGGAGAUGGUGCUUCUAUAUCAACCUUCCCUUGGGUGGCCUUGUCUUAGUAUUCGUCUUCUUUUUCCUUCACAUCCCAAGUCAGUCUUCUACAGACAAUGAUCUCAAGUACAAGCUCAAACAACUUAACGGCCUGGGAUUGAUCGCUCUCAUUCCUGGAGUCGUUUGUCUGUGCCUGGCCCUGCAAUGGGGUGGCUUCGUGUACGGUUGGAAUAACAGCCGUAUCAUAGCCUUACUCGUGGUCGCUUUCAUUCUCUUGAUCGCCUUCGUCUUGAUUCAAAUCUGGAAGCCUGAACAAGCUACCUUACCACCUCACAUCUUUAUACAACGCAGUAUCUAUAGUGGAUUCUGGGUGAGCUUUUGCGUUGGCGCUCAUCAAACAAUCUUGAUAUACUUCCUCCCCAUUUGGUUCCAGGUCAUCAAGGGCGAUUCCGCUAUUAACAGCGGUAUCCAUCUUCUUGCUAUGGUUCUUGCUCUUGUCGUCGGAUCCAUCCUAAGCGGCGUUCUCACAACUCGCAUUGGAUAUUACAUGCCCUUCCUAAUCGCUGGAAUUUGUAUCUCAUCUAUUGGAGCUGGCCUCUUGACAACUCUCAGCAUAAACGCUUCGGAAGGCCAAUGGAUCGGUUAUCAAGUCCUGUACGGUUUCGGCCUGGGUGCUUGUAUGCAGGCGCCCAACAUGGCAGCGCAAACAGUGUUGCCACGCAAUCAAGUUUCGAUUGGUGCUUCACUAAUGAUCUUUGCUCAAACACUUUCUGGUGCUAUAUUUAUUUCUGUCGGGCAAAGUGUCCUAGACGGAGAGUUGGCCAAGCGUCUCUCGGCCUUCAUGAAUGUCACUCCCAAACAAAUCGAGGCUAGUGGUGUCACAGGCCUCUUGAGAUCUGUCCCCAAAAGGUUCCACGCCGAGGCUCUGAAAGCCUACAACGAUUCACUACAUGUGUGUUUCCGCGUUGCUCUCAUCAUGACUUGCCUCGCUAUUCUGGGUGCUUUGGUUAUGGAAUGGCGUAGUGUCAAGAAGGAGGCGGAUGAGAAGACAGAAGUUAGCGAUGCUGAUGAGAAGGAAUCUGUUGUAGAAGUUGUUGGUGUUUAG